AUGGCUCCAUCACUCGAGGAACUGGCACCUGCUGCGCCCAUCGUCAGUAUUGACCUACCCAAGGCCUUUAACUACGGACCUACGCUCCUCCAGCCGCCUGUUCAGACGUCUGGUGAGCCAUCCAAAAAUGGAUCUUACACAGACGCCAGCGUCACCGACAUCAAGGGCCCUCCCCCUCCUUCACUAGAUGCCUUGGAGAAGUUCACAGGAACUUUUCGCGGUUUUGGUUUCAACACCAUCUUUCGGCCUUCCAGCAGACGAACUAAGACCGAGUUCGACAAAGAACCAACGGACAAGAAUGAUGACAACGUGCUACAACUUAACCUGACGGGAGAGACACAAGUGUUUGGAGAUAUUCUCAAGGAGGUGCCCAACCGUGGCCUGUUCGAUCAGGCCGACAUCGACCUCACUGGCCUGCCGUACACGCAAACUAUUGUCGAUGCUAUGCCGCCACGAGCAGAUAAAUCUACACCCACCGAGCCGCCGGUCAUUCACUUUGAGCCCGGCCUUUGGAUGCGGGUGCCUAAAGUCGAAGAGAUGCCCAAGCUUCCCAGAUCUUUCUGCCGUAUGGGAUCUAUCCCUCAUGGCACAACCAUCAACGCCCAAGGAUUCCAGCCCUCGGUCACGCAGAGCGGUGCGCCCAACAUUCCUGAAAUCGACAUCACUCCAAUCCUGCUUCCUCUGGGCCCUGGCCCCCCAGAAAUUGCGAUCCAAAAGGCAAAGGUCGGAUUCGCAAGUCAAACAGCAGAUGAUGGCGCCUCUCGUCGCCUUCCCCAGGACUUGGGUCCUUUCAUGGCCAAUGGUACCAUCACACAAAAGAUUCUUAACGAUCCGAACACUAUCCUAAGAGACGCCAACAAGGGAAAGGACAUUAUCGAGAACACCAUGUUUGCGGUGUCGACAAUUGCUCCCUCUGGUACCUUUGGUGGUGGAACAACCAAUAUCGGUUUCAACAUCGGCGCUGAUGCAGGCCUGGCGCAAGCAAAGCCUGAGAAUAACAGUGGCAACGCCAACGCUGUUGACGUGACGGCCCAGUACUGGGUCUCAAAGAUCCAUACCAAGGUUGAGCUUGAUCCAUCUAUGCGUCAUGGCGGCACGGUUUCCCCAGCUGCCCAAGGUCCUAGAGACGCCGUGCCAGAGUUUUACAUUGAUGAGAAUGUUAGAAUUCCACCAAGUGAGAAGACAAUCACCGUAGCUUACUAUCAGAUCCAAUACUCUCAGAUGGUCGUGCUUGAUUUCAAUGGCCUCAAGUGGCCGCAUGUCACUGUUGCGACACUUGCUCCAAUUGCCCAUCUCAAGAAGCCGACACUUUCUUCUGCUAUUAUUGAGGCAAUCAUGUAA